UACUCUUGACUUUGAAGAACUAUCCUUCCUCUUCAUCGUUUCUGUGGCCAGUAGUUGUCUUGUCGGUAGUUCUGUACAAACCGAACAAAAGAAGACACAGAAAAAAGAAAGAAAUAGUCGAGAAUUCCUAUGUUGUUCGUAACCACCAACGGUCUUUGUUCCACUCUGUUGAAUUAGUACAACAACAACAACAACAACCUGUAGUUCCCAUAAACUCUCACAAACAUGAAAACAGAGCAACACCACAACAACAAGAGACUUUCAUCCUUAUUAACACCUAAAAUCCUUAAAACUGUCAAAUCCACGGCGUAUGUUAUCCUCCUUUUGCUAACUUACACCUUAGGUUACUUGUCCCACCCUUCUUCCACCUCGUUAUCGCAAUUACCACCACCGUCGCCGCCGCCGCCACCACCUGCGUCUUCUACCAUUCUCCGCCUCUCCAUUAACACGACGGAGCUCGACCCAUUCCGAGUCACGACUCGCUGUGCCGAUCCAAUCCCCCCGGAAACCGUUCGCCGGACGCUCAUCGACCGCCUCUUCGACGGAACGUCACCGUUUCACGGUUUCCCGCCGGAGCACGCUGCGGGGAAGCUCCGGCGAACCACUAGGGUCAAAGGGUGGGGGUCAAAAGGUGCCGUUUUCGAGAAUCUCAUUCGUAGCGUGAGGCCCCGAACCAUAGUGGAGGUGGGCACGUUCCUCGGUGCCUCGGCGCUUCACAUGGCCGAGUUGACUCGCCGGUUCGGCCUGAAAACUCAGAUACUCUGCAUCGACGACUUUCGCGGUUGGACCGGGUUCAGGGACCGGUUCAAGAAUAUACCAGUAAUAAACGGCGACGUUUUACUUUAUUACCAAUUCCUUCAGAACGUGGUGACGUUCAACGGAACCGAAUCGGUUUUGCCCAUACCAUAUUCGAGCGGAUCGGCCUUAAUGAAACUGUGUGAGUGGGGUGUGUUGGCUGAGCUUGUAGAGAUAGAUGCGGGUCAUGACUUUUUCUCGGCCUGGUCCGAUAUAAACCGGGGCUAUCAGAUACUCCGACCCGGUGGGGUCAUUUUCGGGCAUGACUAUUUCACUGCCGCGGACAAUAGAGGGGUUAGAAGAGCGGUUGAUUUAUUUGCACGAAUUCACAGUCUCAAGGUAAAAAUUGAUGGCCAACAUUGGGUUAUUCACACCUCUUAAAAUUUUAAUUUCUUUUUUUUUGUGGUAAAUAAAUUUUUUUUGUUUUAAUACCCACAUGUGGAGGUUGAAUGUUG